AUGUCAAUAACUAGUUUGAAGCGGGCUUUAUACAAUAAGUAGACAGGCAGGCAGUCAGUGUGUCAUUCAACAUCUGCGCAUUGAGAGAAACACACGGCCGGGAACAUUUCGAAAUGGCACCCAAAUUCAAGACGGAAAAAGUUGGCAUCAUUGGAAGUGGCUUGAUCGGGCGAUCAUGGGCUAUGCUGUUUGCUUCGGUCGGUUACCAAGUGACUGUUUUCGACAUCGUGGCAAAGCAGGUGACUGAUGCCGUUGAGGAUAUAAAGCAACAGCUCAAGACCUUGGAGAGAGACGGCUUGUUGAGAGGCGAACUCAAUGCUGAUGAACAGUUCAAAUGCAUCAAAGGGUCAUCAGAUUUGGCUACAACAGUCAAAGGUGCCGUGUUCGUUCAAGAAUGCGUUCCAGAAAAUCUUGACUUAAAGAAAAAAGUAUUUCAAGAUUUGGACAAAGUAGUUGAUGACAAGACUAUUUUGUCCAGUUCUACUAGCACUACAUUACCCUCUUUAUUUUCUGAGGGUUUAAAACAUAAGUCACAGGUAAUAGUUUCCCACCCUGUAAAUCCACCCUACUACGUGCCAUUGGUGGAGAUUGUACCCGCACCCUGGACCAAGCCAGAGGUAGCGGUGAAGACCAGGGCAAUCAUGCUGGAAAUCGGGCAGGAGCCCGUGUCCUUAUCCAGGGAGAUCGAUGGAUUUGUACUAAAUCGAAUUCAGUACGCGAUAUUAAAUGAAGUUUGGCGACUUGUGGACGCUAAGGUCGUGGAUGUGCAGGACAUCGACAAGGUCAUGUCGGAAGGCUUGGGCAUGCGAUACGCCUUCCUCGGCUCGCUAGAGACAGCACAUUUAAAUGCUGAGGGCAUGAAGAGCUACAUUGAAAGAUAUGGAGAGACCAUCUACAGCGUCAGCAAGACUAUGGGCGAAAUACCUCGCAUGACCCAAAGUCCGAGCGCGGAUACUAUCUGCCAGCAGUUGAAUCAGAUGGUCCCACUGGACCGAUUGCAAGAGAGACGGGCUUGGCGGGACGCUUGUCUCACCCGCUUGUCCUUGCUAAAGAAGGAGAUGAAUAAGAAAAAAACUAAUUAUUGAUAGUUAUAAAAUCAUAUUUUCUAUUAAAAUUUGAUGCUCUUAAUAAAUAUCCUUUAUAUUUGUUUAUACAA